AUGGCAACUCCGCGCCGACUUUCACAGCUCAAUAGAGCGUUAAGUACUCCUCCAACGACCCCAGACUCGAUCGUGGUCUCGGACUUAAAGGCUCCUCAGACACCUCAACAGCAGCGUUCAGGUCCUUCUGUCCUCACUCCUCCAACAUCGCCACAUCUGUCAAGAUGGCCCCACGGCACAGAGACACAGACCCCGACUUCAAAUCCCAAUCAUUCGAGUCCGACAUCACACCCUCGACCGCGAGGAAAUCACCUCCAGCCACUUCAGACAAACGCCCUUCCCAACCAGACGGAAGUCGAGUGCUCCACAGCCCCUCAAUGUCCCUUUGAUAUCGAGAUUCUCAAGGACAGUCGCGGUCGUGACGCCUACUUUGGCACUGGAGCCUGGAGCAUCGUUUACAAAGCGACCGUACGCACAGGCUCCCUCACAAGUUCAUGCACUCAAACUGGAACCGAGAGACUGACACCACCAUCGUCCCCGGUAUCAAGUCUACCAUUGCUUGUGGCCGUGAAGAAGCCCGUCCGGCGAGAUAGUGACGAAAUUCUUCGAAAUGAGGCCAAGACGUUAAGCUACCUACAGAACCUCCCACACGGGCCUGAGUUUAUUGUCCCAUUCUACGGGGUACUAGAACAAUCCACCAUCGUCCUAGCUGCUAUCCCACUCACACUCGAACACCAUAUUCGUAAAUGUGCUGAAGCGGCCAGCAAUUCGACCUCAAUGAUCGCGACCUCACCCAUUAUUGGCACAAUGCCAACAUGGCUCGUACUAGCACAUAAGCUCAUCACCGCGCUCGCCUGGCUACAUAACGAGGCCGGAGUGAUCCACGGCGAUCUCAAACCAGGAAACAUACUUCUAUCACCUCUUCCCUCCACCGGCCUUGACCCUCCCAUGGACUCGUCUUUCUUCAACUAUACACCUCUAUUAGCUGACUUUUCAUCAUCACAACUCCGGUCCACCACUACACCCACACCUAAUACUUUGUCGGCAGUGACACGCGAAUACACCGCUCCCGAACUCUUGUCAUCGGCUGUUCUCCGCAACCCAGAGUCCACCGCCACCACAGACUCGGAUGUGUUUUCAUUAGCCGUCACUCUCCUUGUCGCCGUCACCGGCCAAAUGCUCGUCUACCCUGGCAGUGUCUUGCAGCGACAGGCCAUGGCCACACAAGGCUGGCUGAUGCUGAGUCAUGUCCGGAAUGGUGUCGGUGGUGAGAGAGUGGCCAGGGGUGGCGUAGUGGAGAAGAUGCUUGAACCCGCCGUCAGGAAGAUUGGAACGGGGAGAAUCGACGCUAUGGAAUGGUUGAAAAUGACAGAAGAGCUGGCAAAGACGUCGAUAGGCGCGAGCUAG